CUCUAUGAACGUCAGUCGACGCCGGGCGUCCUAAGCGUGCAGAUGUUGGAGCUGUUGCCGUUUCGUUCCAAGCCGAGCACACGUAACUGACUCUCCGUGAUCGUCCGACGAGUAUCAAAUCUCGGUGCCACACGCGUGUUACACACAAACGACACACGGCGAGGCGGAGGGAAGCCGAGCUCUCGGCAAUUUCGCCGACUCGUCUCGAAAAUCGAGUGUGUUCGCCGAGGAGCACUCGACAAGUAGCAGCCUCGCAGCACACGUACACAACGCACACAAAAUACACACGCACCCCCCCCCCCCCCCCGUCGCUCGAUCUUCCGCUCUUUGGACGCGCACCGUCUAGGAUGUAUCGGACGGACAUAAUUUUUUACAAAAUUCUCACGUAGGCUAGGCCGGUCUGCCCCGAUGAGAGAUCUCGCCGGACGUUGUUCCGGGCGACGUGACAGCUGCCCCACCACCACUUGUCCAUCUCGUUGGGUAUCUAAAGAACGGAGCGAGUGUCUCGGGAUAGUUGCCAGUGAUCGGAGGAACUACUGCUACGUUGGUGAACUGAUAGCAUGCGAAUGUGGAUCUUGCGCGGAUGAUACUCGUGCCGUGGGAUUUGUUAAUCGGGUACCGGUGAUGCGGCUACAUGUUGCAAGGAAGAAGGGGAUGACCGUUGGUUUUCUACCGAGGAUGCUGACGGUCUUUGUUUUCGCUUGCCUUCUAUUGCUGAAUAGUCGGCCGACAUUCGCAGCAUUUACUACUGUUACCACCAUCCCUGAUCCUGAGUUCGUGGACGAAAUAGGAAAUAUUACAGUACCAGCAGGACGAAAUGUCAAAUUGGCGUGCAGCGUAAAGGACCUCGGAUCGUUUAAGGUGGCCUGGAUGCUUUUCGACAAGAGCGCUAUUCUGACGGUACAGAAUCAUGUUAUUACCAGGAACCCCAGGAUAUCCGUGUCGCACGAUAAGCACAGGACCUGGUUCCUACAUAUCAACGACGUGCACGAGGAGGACAAGGGAAAGUACAUGUGCCAGAUUAACACUGCCGCCGCCAAAACGCAAUAUGGCUAUCUCCACGUCGUAGUGCCACCGAACAUUGACGAUUCGCAAAGCUCGUCGGACGCGAUUGUGCGCGAGGGCGCCAAUGUGAGUCUCACCUGUAAAGCGACCGGAAGUCCGACGCCCAGCAUUCGUUGGAAGAGAGACGACGGCUCCAAGAUCUCGAUCAACAAAACUUUGUCCGUGCCAGAAUGGGAGGGCGAGACACUGGAAAUGGCGCGAAUCUCGAGAUUGGACAUGGGCGCAUAUUUAUGCAUCGCCAGCAACGGCAUACCACCGACGGUUAGCAAGCAGAUCAAGGUGUCGGUCGACUUCCCCCCUAUGCUCUGGAUACCGCACCAAUUGGUCGGCGCGCCCUUGGGUUACUCCGUUACACUGGAAUGCUACACCGAGGCUCAUCCAACUUCUUUGAAUUACUGGGCGAGGGAGGACGGCCUAAUGAUUCACGAGAGCAGCAAAUACAAAGCUACGUCGUCGCCCGACAGACCGUCCUACAAAAUGCACAUGACGCUCACGAUAUUCGACAUACAGAAAGAGGACUACGGUAGUUACAAGUGCAUCGCCAAGAAUCCACGCGGGGAGACCGACGGGACGAUUCGCCUGUACAUGUCUGCACCACCAAGCACCAGUCCUAGUCCCUCUACCACAGAACUACCGAAGAAAGAUUGGGAAUUGAUGGCGGAGAUGAAUAACUCUGUUUACGGAAAUCCAAGUUCGCUGACAAUUCAUAACGAGAGGAAUAUCAAGACAGGUACCAAGUUCCAGUCGAACCUUAACGAAAUCGGCAAAUCGGAGCAGAAGUCGGCCGAAACGGACAGGAAAAAGAAUUACAACUGGUCCCCCGAGAAAGACUCGGCGACAGGCGUAAUGACGACCGGGACGUUACUACUGACCGCUCUGGCUGUAAUGAUAAUCCGAUAAACGGGACACGUGUCUUCGCUUGGUCGAUUGGCGCCCCAUUGGUGGAUUUCCUUCAUUAACGAACUCAAUUUAAACAAUUAGACCUUAAACAGUACGGGAGACAGGCAUACACAGGUACACACACGCGCGCGCGCGCGCACACAAGCACACAAGCACACACGCACAUACGCACACACACGUAUAUUCGUGCAUAUGCAAAAAAUAUAUACAAGUGACACAAAGACUGAACGGGGUAGUUAGCGUCGUAUUAAAUGACGGUGAGUAAUUUACGCGUGCCAAGUUUAGUGUAGCGACAAACACGAGUCUACGAGAAGGCAAGAAUUAAAAGAGCACGGAGCCCCCAUCGAUCCUUCACUCGGAAAUUGUGUGUGAUGAGAUGACUCAGACGGGGAGGUGGGGACGUCGCGGCGCGACGGAGAAGGAGAAACAACGAGAAUGAAAAAUGGAUGAUUGACAAAGUGCAACGACUAUCGCUUUCAGUGUAAUAUAUUGUAAAACGCCGUAACAAGCUGACGUCGGCUA